AUAAAUAUGCCAUUAGAAUCAAUUAUAGAUCCUACUAUAACAAUAAAACCAUCUGUAAGAUUGAUAGAUUUUAUUUUGAAUAAUGUAAAAAACAAAGAAAAUGAUGCCCCAGAUGGUAUCACACUUUUAUGCAAAUCUAAGAAGUCUAAAAAAGAAAAGAUUUCAAAUGCUAUAUUAAAAAUCGAAGAUAUUAAAUGGUUGAAUAAAUAUUUAAAAAAAUAUAGAGAAACCGCGACAAAAAAGAUUUACUUGCAUGAACUUUUCAAUGAUUCUGAUGUGAUAUUGCCAAUACCUAAGGAGACGCCAAGAAAUCCAGAAUUGGAAGCUAGAAUACAGAAAUUAAAGGCAGAACAAAAUACUAGAGAAUAUCAAUCAAUGACAAAGAGCAUCGAUUCCAUGCGAAAAUUCUUGCCGGAAGAUAGCAUUGCAUAUCAAAUGAAGCAGAUAAAUAAACAAUUAAUUGCCAUUGUGCAAUUUAUAUUUUCUGUGACAGCUGGCUUUGCUUUUGGAUUCAUAGGAGUAGAACUUAUAGUUGGAAACCUAGACUUUGGAUUUAGGUUACUUUUAGGUAUAAUUUGUGCAUUAAUUGUCGCAUUAGCUGAGAUUUACUUUUUAGCUUUGAAAUUAGCUAAAUACGAAAACGAUUUAGACACAUCUAAAUCGAUAAAAUCACAUCAGGACUAGCAUUCAAACUGUGUUUAUCUAUUUGAUUACCUUGAACAUAUGUAUUAUAAUAUUAUAACAAAUAAUUGGUACUUAUACAUAAGCUAAUAUAUAAAUUAGUUUUAUUAACUUUAUAUUAUAUUAAAAUUUAGAUUUAGAACAUGUGCUACAUUUACAUUGAAUGUUAUAGAAUAUACAAAAAGAUUAUUAAACCUUAAAUAAAACAAAAUGUGUAAGGA